AUGUGGGACCAUGUGCAAUGGACAGAAAUGGAUGAAAAAAAUGCCAGACUCUUGGCAGAAGAAAACUCCAGCAUACGAGUUCCUGGGAAUGAACAGCUUAAAUUUGACAGAGACGCGGGACAAAUAUGGGACACGUUUUACAAGACGCACCAAAAUAAGUUCUUUAAAAAUCGUCAGACCAGGAUUCCCCCGUCUGAACGCUGCGGUGCAUCUGAAGAAAACACAUGUGAUUUCACUACGAAGGGUCAUAAAGGGGACCUACAGGCCACCUUCCCUGGGCAGCAUGCUGCUUUUAGGAUUCUAGAGGUUGGCUGUGGAGUUGGCAACAGUGCAUUUCCAAUUUUGAAUUCAUUAGAGGGGACAGAUUCGUAUAUGUAUUGUUGUGACUUCUCUUUAAAUGCUAUUGAGCUGAUGAAGGCCCAUCCUGACUACAAUGCCUCCAUGUGCCAUUGUUUUGUCCAUGACAUUUGUGAUGAGGAGGCCCCCUUUCCCUUCCCACCUCAGAGCCUGGAUGUUAUUCUGGCCGUCUUUGUCCUCUCUUCUAUUCACCCAGAGCGAGUGCAAGGAGCUGUUAACAGACUAUCUACGUACCUCAAACAUGGAGGAAUAUUUCUUUUCCGAGAUUAUGGAAGAUAUGAUUUGUCGCAGCUCAGAUUUAAACAAGGUCGCUGCCUAUCAGAGAAUUUCUACACUAGGGGAGAUGGCACCUGUGUUUAUUAUUUCACUAAAGAGGAGAUUCAGAAGCUAUUUGUCAACGCUGGACUUGAAGAAAUUCAGAACUUGGAAGAUAAACGUCUCCAAGUGAACAGGGGAAAGAAAGUUAUCAUGCGGCGAGUGCCUGGGAAAGGCACUAUGGAGGAGCUGCACAGCCUGGACCCUCGGAGGCAGGAGCUGCUGGAGGCACGUUUUAUGGGUGGGGUCAGUGGUAACACUGGAGGGAGCACUGGUAGUCAGAGCGGGGGAACCAAAGGUUUGCCCAACAAUGAGUGUUCAAAUCACAGUUUUGGAAGCUUGGGAUCCUCAAGCGACAAGGAGUCAGAGGGGUCAGAAAUGAAAAGGGGCAGUUCUCCUGCGUAUUCGACCCCAGAGAAGAAAUCCGAAACAAGCAGAGGAAGAAAGCGAAAACCUGAUCUCCAAUCAGAAAGCAGCCAAGGAAAGACAAUUUCGCGAGGACCCAAAAUAAGCGACUAUUUUGAUUUUCAGGGGGGAAAUGGGUCCAGUCCUGUGAGGGCUCUGCAGCCCAUGCUCCGCUCUCCCCAGAACUCUCAUUCCCACUCUGCUCAGGGCACCUCUGUUAGACAAAAUAGUUCAUCUCCAACUAAUCUGUCAUUUUUGGACCACAUGACCCAUCCAAAGCAAGUGGCAGUAAAGUCCAUUCAAACGGACCUUACAGUGUUAAAGCUGGCUGCGCUUGAAAGCACUAAAAAUCUUGACCUUGAGAAAAAAGAGGGCAGAAUAGAUGACUUGCUGAGGGCCAACUGUGAUCUCAGGAGGCAGAUAGAUGAACAACAGAAAUUACUUGAAAAGUACAAGGAACGCUUGAAUAAAUGCAUCACUAUGAGUAAGAAGUUACUAAUUGAAAAGAGUAACCAGGAGAAGCAGGCGUGUCGGGAGAAGAGCAUGCAGGACAGACUACGCUUGGGCCAUUUCACUACAGUCAGACACGGGGCCUCGUUCACAGAGCAGUGGACUGAUGGCUACGCUUUCCAGAAUCUUGUGAAACAACAAGAGUGGAUCAACCAGCAAAGGGAGGACAUUGAGAGGCAACGAAAACUACUUGCCAAGAGGAAACCCCCUUCUAUGAGCAACUCUCAGUCACCGACCACCAACUCUGAGCCAAAGCAACGUAAAACCAAGGCCGUGAACGGAGCAGAGAACGAUCCCUUUGUAAAACCCAGCCUACCUCAGCUGCUUACACUAGCGGAGUACCAUGAGCAGGAAGAGAUCUACAAACUGCGGCUUGGACAUCUCAAAAAGGAAGAAGCUGAGAUCCAGGCAGAGCUCGAGCGUCUGGAGAGAGUCCGCAACCUUCACAUUCGGGAGCUUAAGAGAAUAAAUAAUGAAGACAGUUCACAGUUUAAAGACCACCCAACGCUGAAUGAGCGAUACCUGCUGCUACAUCUUUUAGGUAGAGGAGGUUUUAGUGAAGUUUACAAGGCUUUUGACUUGAUUGAGCAAAGGUAUGCCGCUGUGAAAAUCCACCAACUUAACAAGAACUGGCGAGAGGAGAAGAAGGAGAACUAUCACAAGCAUGCAUGUCGAGAGUACAGAAUACACAAGGAGCUGGACCAUCCCCGCAUCGUCAAACUUUACGACUACUUUUCACUGGACACCGACACCUUUUGCACUGUUAUGGAGUACUGCGAUGGCAACGACUUGGAUUUCUACUUGAAACAACAUAAGCUAAUGUCUGAGAAGGAAGGCCGAUCCAUAGUUAUGCAAAUUGUAAAUGCACUUAAAUAUCUAAAUGAAAUUAAACCACCUAUCAUCCAUUAUGAUCUCAAACCAGGGAAUAUCUUGUUGGUGGAUGGCACAGCGUGUGGAGAGAUCAAAAUUACGGAUUUCGGUUUGUCAAAAAUCAUGGAUGACGACAACUAUGGGGUGGAUGGGAUGGACCUGACAUCGCAAGGGGCAGGGACAUAUUGGUACCUGCCUCCUGAAUGUUUUGUGGUCGGCAAAGAACCGCCAAAGAUUUCUAAUAAGGUGGACGUGUGGUCUGUGGGAGUCAUCUUUUUCCAGUGUCUUUAUGGAAGGAAGCCUUUUGGCCACAAUCAAUCCCAACAGGACAUCCUUCAAGAGAACACCAUCCUCAAAGCCACAGAUAUACAGUUUCCUGUCAAACCCGUUUCCAGUAAUGAAGCCAAGGCUUUCAUCAGACGGUGCCUGGCGUACCGAAAGGAGGAUCGCAUAGAUGUGCACCAGUUGGGAAGCGACCCGUACCUCCUGCCUCACAUGAGGCGCUCCAGCUCCUCCGGAAACCUCCACGUGAACGCUGCUGUGUCCACUGCCCCUUCCAGCAUCAUCUCCUACUGA